ACAAUAUGGCGUAAAAGUUAGCACGCGCUGAACACGCGGUUUGGUUUGCUGGAUGUUUGUCAAAGCUGAAUUCAUUUUACACCCAUUUUGUGGCUCUUCCCGUGAAAUUCUCUGCGGAUAUGAACCGAGCAGAGAUGAUUGUAACGUUGAGCAAAUGGAAGUGGCCAGUGAUGGGUGUUACAGCUGCCUUCGUGGGCUCCAUGUACACAUUUGGUUUCAACAGAAACCUCAAACUUCAAGCAAGCACUGGAAAUGAAGAUGCCUCCGGCUCUCUUGGAUUACGAGACCUUUUGCAAAAACUUAUCCACAGCUUUGUGCAGGGUCCCAAAGGCCAAGAGAAGCCUCCUUUAAGUCCGAAAGAGGCAAGCGAGAUCUUGAGAAGGAAUGAAAGAAGAACGGAUGUGAAUAUUGGAGCGGUGUCUUACUAUGAAAGUAACAAUUUUGCUUCGAAUAGUCCUUCUGAAGAUCGGAACAAUGAGUGGCUUUUUCUGAGAACAAACGGAGUGGCUUUCGGUGUGUUUGAUGGACACGGUGGCUGGCAAUGCGCUGAAGUGAUAAAACACCGUUUACCCUUCUACAUCGCCUUAACCCUCCUAUCAAAAGUGGAUUUGAACCUCUUGGAGCGGGAUCAUUUAAAAUCUUUAACAGUUGACAACUUUGUGGCAAGUUUUCAGCAGAGCAAAUCUCAAACGGGAGAAAGUAACUCCAAAGUGGGUUAUACGUUAAGUCAGAAACAAGAAGUUUUUCACACUGGACCAAAAUAUCUGGUAAAGAAUUUACUCGAGAAACCUUUUGAAGAUAGAAUGCCUAUUGGUGAAUCCCUCAGUUUGGCUUUUACGCAGUUAGAUGAUGACAUCGCAACAGAAGCGAUACCAGUGAGAGUUCUUGAUGAAUCUUUCGCCACUGGGGUCUCAGGUGCUUGUGCUAUAGUGUCCUACGUUGAGGACCGUAAUCUUUAUGUUUCCAGUACAGGUAACGUAAAAUAUCAUACUUGAGCUGACUCUGGGAGGCUUAACUUUAAUAUACAAAAAUAUACAUGUAAGAAAUCACUCGACAAACCGGUGAAAAACACUGUAAAGAUCUUUAAAAAUCAGAUGUUUGUUUGUUCAUGAUGCAAUGCAGUAGUUCAAAGGUUUUUUACUGAAAGGUCAUUAAUAAUUUAUGGUAAUAACACAGCACGAAGUUUGAUUGACCUCUAUCACACUCUUAGCACCUGGACAGCCAUGGUUGGAUGACGAUGAAAUAAAAGUUUUUCUCAAGUUAUGAAUUUUAUGAAAAUCAUAUAUGAGAACUGCGGGGUGAAGAAUUAUAUGAAAGAAGAUUAUCGCAGUCGUAAAAUGCAACUUUUGCAGUUGUGAAAAAAAAGCCUGAAAAAAUUCAGGCUUGUACGGGAUUCAAACCAUUGACCUCUCUGAUACCGGUGCAGCGCUCUAGCUACCAAUUGAGCUAACAAGCCAACUGGGAGCAGGUCGUUAAAUUGUUUGGUAUUAAACCGGUGAAAGGCUGAUGACAAAGUUGUGAAUAUUUAGCAAUUAUUGAAUAAGGCUGAGUAGGAUAUGAAGAAUUCUGCAGAUCGAGGAGGGUGUUUUCCACUGAGGCCGAAGGCGGAGGUGGAUAGCACCCUCUGAGAUCUGCAGAAUUCUUCAUAUCCUGCAAUAGCCGAAUUCAAUAAUUGCUUUAUUAUUCAUUCAAAAUAAUUCCAACUUUAAAAACAAGCUAAAAACGAUUACCUCGGUCGAUGUUAAGUUCACAUCGAUAGUGCAUCUUUUUCGGGAAAUUUAGUAGAUAAAGGUCUGCUCAGGUCUGCAAAUAUACUCCAAAUAGCAGAUGUUGUCCGUCGAGUUGACUUCUCGCUGUUCUUGCUAUGUUUUUAGAUAAUAUUUUGCCGUGAAACGAGUACAAUGUCCUUCCGACAGUUCCGCCAUUUUGUUCAAACAACCAAAACAACUCAACCUCGUCCCCAGGUUUCCUCUGUCAACGGUUCAAUAUGAUGGUUCAAUACGACAAAUUAUUGAACCAAUGAUGUCAUUUUGACAUCAUCGGUUCAAUAUGACAGUUCAGCCACUGGUGAUGGUGAAUUAUGCGUGUGGUUUUACCCAAUCAGAAACGAGAAAUAUUUUAAAUGAAUAAUAAAUAUAAUUCUUCACCCCACAGUUGUCAUAUAUGAUUUUCAUGUAUUCAUAACGUCAUCAUCAUCCUUUCACAGGUUUAAUAUGAACCAAUUCAACGACCAGCUCCCAGUUGGCUUGUUAGCUAGAAUAUUUGUAGAACGCUGCACAGUAUCAUAGAGGUCAAGAGUUUAAAUCCCAUACAAGUCUGACUUUUUUCAGGCUUUCUUUUCGCAACUACAAAAGUUGCCUUUAUAUCUGCGAUGAUUUUCUUUCAAAUAAAAGUUUUUGUACAACUGAUACAAAUGCUGGGUGCCCCAAGUUUCAUAGAUUCCAGACAAAUGCUCUUCAGGUACAGCCUUGCAUGAUGAUUGUUGGUAACACGAUACAGUGAAACCUCGAUAGAUAACGGGAGUGCAUGGUAUAAUGAACAACAUUUUUUGCACCAGCAAUAGUAAAAUAUGAGGAAAAGAACCUUUUUGUAGUAAAGCCUUACUGUAGCAAAUGUAUUUUGCCAGUUCCUUGGCCCUUUGUUAUAUUGAUGUUCUACUGUACCAUGUUGUGAGUACCUAAAUCUUUUGGGGUUGUUUCAGGUGAUUGUAGAGCAGUCUUGGGAAGCUUAAAGGAAGAUGGUUCUUGGGUGGCCACUCCACUAUCAACUGAUCAAACUGCCGCUAAUCCAGAAGAAGUGACUAGACUUUAUUCAGAACAUCCUGGGGAGGAGGGUUUUGUCAUCAAGAAUGGUCGUCUGUUAGGACAGUUGCAGCCUUUGCGAUCUUUUGGUGACAUUCAAUAUAAAUGGGAUAAAGUAACACAUUCCCAUGUAUUGACACAGGUAUACGGUGGCCCAAUAGUGCCACCAAGUAUGUACAGAUCACCACCUUAUCUCACUGCAAAGCCUGUGGUUACUCGGCACCAUCUACAACCCCAUGACAAAUUUCUAAUACUUGCCACUGAUGGCUUGUGGGACAUGCUUAGCAGUGAACAAGCAGUUGGAUUAGUGGCUGAUUUACUCAAGCAAAAAAGUGAAAACAGAUUAUCCAAACCUGCUGAUGAUACUUCUCCAGGGCAGGGUGUACUGUUGGAACAAAAUGCUGCUACUCAUCUGAUCCGACAUGCCUUGGGUGGUAAUGACCAUAGCUUUGUGGCCCAAAUGUUGUUGGUUCCAGAACAGUAUCGACGUAUGUGGCGAGAUGACAUCACUGUGACUGUAGUGUUUUUCAAUUCAAACACCUUUUUGUCCAAGCUUUAA